AGGUGGGCAAAAUUAUCUGAUGGGAAAGGUGAUCACUGUGAUAAUGAGGAGAUGGAGAUGGGGUUCAAUGUUUUGGGUUCUGGGGAAAUGGUGAAGUCCAAGAGGUUGAUUGUAAGGCCUAGAAUCAAGGUGUGGAUGACUCGUGCCAUUACUACUGUGAUACUUUGGACUAGUGUGGUUCAGAUGAUGGCACUAGGGGAGUUUUUGGGGCCAAGGUUGUUGAAGGGCAUGCCUUAUUGUUUCAGCCACCCAAAUGCAUCUCCAGUUGUAGCAAAGGCUUAUGUUCCAGCCAAGGUUGUGCUCCCACCCAAAAGGAUUUAUAAGAAUAAUGGUUAUCUUAUGGUUUCUUGCAAUGGAGGACUCAACCAAAUGAGAGCAGCAAUAUGUGACAUGGUUGCUAUUGCCAGACAUUUAAAUGCCACUCUCAUAGUACCAGAGCUGGAUAAAACAUCUUUCUGGGCUGAUCCAAGUGAGUUCCAAGACAUAUUUGAUGUAGAUCAUUUCAUUGCUUCCUUAAGAGAUGAGGUUAGAAUAUUAAAGAAACUACCACCUAGGCUCAAGAGAAGAGUUGCAUUAGGAUUAUCCUACUCAUUGGCACCUAUUAGCUGGUCAGAUAUUUCAUACUAUGAAAAACAGAUCCUUCCUUUGUUACACAAACACAAGGUUGUGCACCUAAAUAGAACUGAUGCUCGACUUGCUAAUAAUGGAUUACCUCCUGAGAUUCAAAAGCUGCGAUGCCGAGUAAAUUUUAAUGCUUUGAGGUUCACUUCCCAGAUAGAGGAACUUGGCAGAAAGAUAGUGAGGAUUUUAAGGGAAAGAGGACCUUUCCUUGUACUUCAUCUUAGAUAUGAGAUGGACAUGUUGGCCUUCUCUGGCUGUGCUCAUGGAUGUGACAGCAAGGAGGUGGAGGAACUCACAAGAAUGAGAUAUGCUUAUCCCUGGUGGAAGGAAAAAGUCAUUAAUUCUGAACUUAAGAGGCAAGAUGGUUUAUGCCCUUUGACACCUGAGGAAACUGCUCUAACAUUGAGAGCAUUAGGCAUAGAUCAAAGUGUUCAAAUUUAUAUUGCUGCUGGUGAAAUAUAUGGUGGAGAGAGAAGGAUGGCAAGUUUACUUGCAGCUUUUCCUAAUGAGGUAAAGAAGGAAACUCUAUUGGAACCUUCAGAUUUGAUGUAUUUUCAGAACCACUCAUCACAAAUGGCUGCACUGGAUUAUCUCGUGUCUCUAGAGAGUGAUAUAUUUAUUCCAACAUAUGAUGGGAACAUGGCUAAAGUUGUGGAAGGCCAUCGAAGAUUCCUAGGUUUCAAAAAGACUAUACUACUGGAUAGGAGGCUUUUGGUGCACCUCAUAGAUCAAUACACCAAUAAGUCAUUAAGCUGGGAUGAGUUUUCCAUUGUGGUGAAGAAAGUUCAUGCCAAUAGGAUGGGAAGCCACAAAAGAAGAGUUGUCACCCCAGACAGACCCAAAGAAGAAGACUACUUUUAUGCCAAUCCUCAUGAAUGUUUUCAAAUGCAAGAUGAACCAUUGACAAGCAUAUGAUCUUAGCCAAACACGUGCCUAUUCACAGUUCUCCAUCAUAAGGCAAAGCCAAUUGGUAUUUAAUUCAUGGGGAAGGCCUUGAUUCUGCACAUGAAAUAGGUUCUAAAUGAAAUCAUGGAGCUCUGUGCCUACCUUCCAGGCAAUAAUCAUGAAGAUAAGUUAGAUAAAUUUCAUGUUUUGAGGAACAUGUUCUUGUGUAAAGCAAUAGCAAAGUGACAUUAUAUCUUCAACACUGUAAAGAAGAGCAAAGAUAGAACACUUUUUCUAUUAAUGAAUUUUUUUUUUUUUUUUUAUUUAUUUCAUAGAUGGUUCUUCACCUAAUAUUCAAUUAUUCAUAGUUGAGCCUUGAAAUCAUAGAAAAUGUAGAAGAACAACCCUGAAGUCUCUU